GGUGACCCCCCAACUUCCUCCCUGGAUGACUCUGCACCUCUUUGGGUGAUCGUGGAUUUUCCAUGAUGGACGUUCGGGCGGAGGUGGAGGUUUUGGGUCUUACUGAAGACGUGGACAACGAAUUUCUUCAUCUUUACUUUGAGAAUAAACGUCGGUCAGGAGGCGGGGCAAUACAGUCGGUCUCCAGGAAUGGGUCGGUGGGGCUAAUCACAUUUUCAGAUCCUGGAGAUGCGGAGAGGGUCUUGUCUAAGGGGGAGCACCGCUUAAACCAUGUGACUGUUCAGGUGAGGCGUCCUCCCCCAUGGGACCCCAGGAUGGUGGCUCUGUGCGGGUUGGAUCCGGACAUAACGGAGGCUCUCCUGGAAUUAUAUGUGGAGGCCGUGAGUGGCCGGCAAGAGUUCAGCGUCCUGCGCUCUGCAGAUAAGACCGCCGCCAUUGUCUCCUUCCAGCAAGAGCUGAGCCAAGAAGAUCUUAACCAUAUAUUCACUCGUGUGGAAGAAAAGAAAUUACACGAUCGAUCGAUCUCUGUGCUCCGUGUCCGGGCCAGUGGGGACAUCCUGGUGGGAAAUAUUGGGAGUCAGAUAACAGAGGAGCUCCUGGAGAUGUACUUCGAGAGUAAGCGCAGUGGAGGUGGCGCGUUGAGGUCCGUGACCGUCCUGAGGGAAGAAUUUGCCGUGGUCUCUUUCCAUGACUGGAACGUGGUGGAUCAGGUCCUCGGCAGACAACACACCCUACAGAACUGUCAGCUGUCCGUCUCCAGGUAUUAUCCUGAUCUGUUGGGAAGUCCGGGGCACGACCUCGCCCAAGAGAGAGACAUGGAGGAAGAAGAGCCUACAAAGACUCUAGAUACUGUUAUCGUGCAGCAGAGUGGCGGCCAAGUCCUUGUCGCCCCGGAUGAGGACAGAGUGGAGCCGAAUGUUCCAGGAAAAGAGGAGCAGUUGGAUGAAAUGGAAUGUGAUGGAGUGGAGGAGACUCAGAACGGGACACAUUAUGAGGUCCCAGAGACUCCACAGAUAGGACCUCAUUCCCAGGCAAGUUCUGAUGAGCCUGGCACCCCAAGGACACUACACUCCCCAGACACAGGCAAGGACCAGGACGCUCCUCCGAGUACCUCCAUGUCUUCCCCAGACACAGGCGAGGACCAGGGCGCUCCUCCGAGUACCUCCAUGUCUUUGGGAGAUGAGGGGAGAGUUGCGUCUGAUGUACAUGAGGCUGAAGUUGUCAUGGAAGCGGCUGAGCUUUCCUUCAUGCAGAGAUAUCACCAUGAACUUCUGGCUGGAAUGGACGCCGUGACAAUCUUCCCACUGGAAGAGAAUUACAGGUUUGGCUUCAAGGUGGUGGGUGACACCUUCUCGUGUAGGACGGCGGUGGAACUUCUGCAGCAUGUGGUGUCUUCCUUCUCCUCCCGCACCAUUACACUGGAGUACCCCUGGGUGACGCAUUUCCUGGUGGGCGGAGACUGGAAACGCAUCCUGCGUGACACCGAGAAGCAGUAUCAUUGCAUCAUCAGCACCCCGCAGCUUCCCGGGAACCUUCUAGAUUGUGAGCACAUCGAUCCCUGGAGUUUUGUCCAUGGCACAGCCGCUGCCACAACGUCUUCUGUCCAAUCGAUGGUCAUGGAUGAGGUGCCAGACGUUCCGCUGUUUCAAGCUGACAUGGAAGGAAUAAAGAGGUUUGCCACCCUUUUGAAGAGCGAAGAGAAACCCAUUGACAUCCCAUCCAGUGAAAGCUCAACAUCUAUUGGUCAAAAGAUCCAUAAGGAGGACUCGGAGGAAGACUUGUAUACAGACGAUCCCUUGAAGGAGAAAGACUCGAGCACCAUAUCUGCGAUGAAGGAUGAAGAAAUGGACCAAGCGUAUGAAAUGUCCCGCAGGGAGUACACAGACCGGGAACUGGAUGAAGAAGCCCAGCUACUCCUGGCCAUCCAGAGAUCGAUGGAUAGUCAGGGGCCCACUGUACAGGAGGAGGAGGAGGAGGAUGAAGAGCUUCAGAGAGUAUUGGAGAUGUCACUCAUCCAGCACCAAAGUCCCGAUGCCGAAGAAUCCUUCCAAAGAGCCCUGGAAAUGUCUCUCCAAGACCAGACGGCACAUGACAACAAUAGACCCAAUAAAUCUACAAGGCCCACAGGGCCCAAUAGACCAAUUGUUCAAGAGCCGGCUUACUACAAUGAAGCUGUGCUUAGAGUAGACUUGGUCGAGAUCAAAGUUCUUGCUGGAGAUGAGACCAGUAUCGUGGUGGCAAGUACAGCCAUCCGCAAGGCCAUAACAUCGAAACUAAACACGGUCAGCUUUAGAGAAAUGGACGUCCUACAAGACAUGCCACUGAUCCUGAAGGCCCUGGAGAAGAAGCACAAGGUGAAAAUAACCAAAGGUGAAAGAGAGCUACAAAUACAAGGCUUUCUACAUGGGCCCAGCCUGUGCUGGCAGGAGAUGAGUGAGAUUGUUGCUACCCUCCAUUCCCAAGCCCAGGCCAAGAUCGAUGCCAUGGAUCUGAAAGUAGGCGCAGAUGUAGAAAUGAUCGAUGUGCCAGACACCUCGGAGGAAUAUCAGUGUGUGGUCCAACCCUUCCUGAACACUCUACAGGACCUGAAACUGUUCAUUGAUGUCCUACAGGUCCACAAAGUCCACAAUCCUCUUCUGUACAAUCAGUAUCAGCUGAAGAAGCUGCGGAUGGUGACCGACCCCAACAAGCCAGCGGAGCGCGUUCUGUACCACGGCACCAAUGAGACCAGCGCCAAAGAGAUCUGCCACAGCGGCUUCAACCGCAGCUUCUGCGGAAAGAACGCCACGCUGUAUGGACAGGGUGUGUAUUUUGCGGUGGAGUCGGAAAUUUCCACGCGGGAUCAUUAUUCCCCCCCCAAUAAGGAAGGGAAGAAGUUUGUGUUUGUGGCUCGGGUCCUCACCGGAGAGUACACUAUGGGCAAAGAGAACAUGAGGACGCCCCCAAUAAUGGAAAACUCUGGAAGUGUACCGCGCCGCUAUGACAGCCUGGUGAGCAACAUGAAAAAUCCCUCCAUCUUCGUAAUAUUCAACGACACCCAGGCCUAUCCCGAAUAUCUGAUCACCUGCCGCAAGCGCAAAGACGCAGCAAAGUGACCGGUCUCUCUUCUUCGGACGCUGUGAUUGGCCGGGUUCGUUGGAAGAUUCCACGCGGUUUGGAUAGCAGAGGAUCAGCCGCAGUUCCUGGAUUUCUAGCAGAAAAUAUUGGAAUGGUCAUGUGACUUAUCAGCUGUUGCUUUUCAUGGGUCAUGUGACUUUUCAUCAGCUGCUGCCAAUCCUGAACUGAAGGAAACUCCUGUGGGUGUGGCUAGUGAAUCAGGAGGAGUUUUCUGUGGUUGGUAAAGUGGGAGGGGUUUUCUGUGGUUGAAGUGGGAGGGGUUUUCUGUGGUUGGUCAAGUGGGAGGGGUUUUCUGUGGUUGAAGUGGGAGGGGUUUAUGUUGCUUUAUCUUGGUUUUCUCCUUGGACCAGGAUUGGUUGGAAUAAUAAAGUCAGUGAUGGGUUGGGACAGGUGAGAUCUGCAGGGGCGGGGUGGGGGUGUGACACCUGUCAUUUUUGUGUUCUGGUUCCCGCCCAUCACUGGACAGCCAGCAGUUAGAAAUAAAGAAUUUUUAUAUCCGGAAUAUUCUUUGUGUUCACUUAACCCGGAAUAAAUUUACUGCAGAAAUCCGA